UAUUAGGGUUACCACGGUCUCAGACCAUAUCAGCCUGGUCAGCCCUGGGCGGUGCAACACCUCUGUCAGCUCUCUGCAGUUAUGCACAUAGGGAAAGGAUUUUUAUAUAUCACACAAAUUACCACGGACACAUUCUUGGCUUCGCACCAAACGAAACUACGUUAAUUUUCAUCUCUGAGGUCUAAAGCCUGCUGUGACUGGAGCGUGUGUUUUGUUUCCAGAAGGACAUUAAAAACGGACAUUUUAACUUUACUGAAUUUUCUUUCUCUGGGAUACUGAAAUAUGACCUUUUUGCGCGCGUCCUGGAGAGCUGAAAAGUGAUUUCUGCGGGAAAAAAGGAAACAAACACAAGUGGAGCAUGGAUAACGGCACUAUAUUCAAAUUUAACAACAACACUACUUCGAUAUGGACUGAUUAUACUGUCGAAUACAAGGUCGCGAGCAUCUUAUUAGUGAUCCUUAUUUGUGGAGUUGGAAUUGUUGGCAACAUUAUGGUCAUUCUUGUGGUCUUAACGACCAAGCACAUGCGUACCCCAACUAACUGUUACUUGGUGAGUCUGGCAGUUGCCGACCUCAUGGUCCUGACGGCAGCGGGGCUGCCCAACAUCACCGAGAGUCUGUUCGGCGGCCAGUGGGUGUACGGAUACGCCGGGUGCCUCUCCAUCACUUAUUUUCAGUACCUGGGUAUCAACGCGUCAUCCUGCUCCAUCACAGCCUUCACCAUUGAGCGCUACAUUGCCAUUUGCCACCCGAUAAAAGCACAGUUUAUGUGCACCCUCUCCAGAGCCAAGAAGAUCAUUGUUCUCGUUUGGGUUUUAACUUCCCUCUAUUGCGUUAUGUGGUUUUAUCUUUCCGACACGACAGAAGUUGUUUUUGACAACGCUGUCCUCGUGACAUGCGCAUACAAAGUAUCCAGAAACAUGUAUUUGCCAAUAUAUUUCACAGACUAUGCAGUGUUCUACGUUAUCCCUCUUUUGCUGGCCACUGUUCUAUACGGAUUUAUCGCAAGAAUUCUUUUCCUCAACCCAUUGCCGUUGGAUCCCAAGGAAAGUCGAAGAAACUGGAAAAAGCAGUCGUCCGUGCAUGGGAACUCCAGGAGUUCCUCCAGCAGCACGACUGCUGCUUCUCGCAGACAGGUGACAAAGAUGCUGGCAGUGGUGGUGAUUCUCUUUGCUUUGCUGUGGAUGCCCUAUCGGACGCUGGUGGUGGUCAACUCCUUCCUCAAGGACGCCUAUCUGGACACCUGGUUCCUUCUGUUCUGCCGUCUCUGCAUUUACAUGAACAGCGCCAUCAACCCUAUCAUCUACAAUGCCAUGUCGCAGAAGUUUCGCGCCGCCUUCCAAAAACUGUGCCAUUGCGGGCCCCAGCGCUCCGAGAAGCCCCCCACUUACAGCGUGGCCCUCACGUACAGUGUCAUCAAGGAGACCUCCAACGGAGAAAGCCCAGACCACUACACCACAGAGCUGGACGACAUCCGCGGAGCCGCCGAAGAGCUCCUGCCCGAGAGGAAGAGGUUGUCAUUUAAAGAGUCCUCGCCAGCUUGUAAAGGCACAUUGGCAAGUGCUUAGCUCCUCAUUGGUUUGUGUUGAUUGGGUUGCUUCAUUUGCAGUGUCAGCAGUUUCACAGUGCCUCAGAGUAGCCUGGAGUGGUGGCCACAUGAAAACAGCAUUUUGACAAUCACAGACUUUAAUUUGCAGAUUUAUUCAUAACUUUCCAAACUAGAGUAUGUCGGCUGAAGACCAAAAUAGGCCCCAUUCCAGUCCUGUGCAGGUGCCAUGAUGCUCCUAUAGCAAUCAUGGACAGACAAUUGAAUGGUUGAUUGAACAUGAAAGGGUGAUGCUGAUGGUAGAUUUGGA